AUGAAGUUUUUCUUUUCUGUUUUUCUGUUAAGUUCCGUCACCUGCUAUAACCCGAUUCACGACGCAUUGACUAAUCGUUUCUCGCGAAUCGACCAAGCACAUCAUGAAGGAGAAGAUGUCCAUAAGCGACAAACACGAAGCGACAGUCAAGGCGCGAUCCACGAUGCAUAUUCUAAGCUUUUCUCUCAAUUUGAAAAGAGAACUCCGACAGUUGACGACGAGGUGAUCGAACACCUUUUCGGCGACUAUUUCGGUUGA